AUGGCUCGUCGGACUUUAGUCCUUCUCAUCUCCUCCAUCGUCUUCAAUCUCUGCGGCGCGUUUGCUUCAGGCUCCGAUGAUCACAGCCGUCCAAUGAUCCUUCCUCUCUAUCUCUCAUCCCCAAACGCUAAUUGGCACCACCGUCAAACCUUCGACGGCCGACGUCUCCAGAGAUCGGAGCCAAAUUCUCACAUGAGGCUCUACGACGACCUCCUCGCCAACGGGUACUACACAACGAGGCUGUGGAUUGGGACACCGCCUCAGCAAUUCGCGUUGAUUGUGGAUACGGGAAGUACAGUGACUUAUGUGCCUUGCUUUGACUGUAAACAGUGCGGUAGGCAUCAGGACCCAAGGUUCCAGCCUGAUUUAUCUAGCACAUACCAACCUGUAAAGUGUGAUAUCAAUUGUAACUGUGACAAGAAAGAAGCCCAAUGCACUUAUGAGCGGCGCUAUGCUGAGAUGAGCUCUAGCAGUGGCGUGCUUGGUGAGGACGUCCUCUCAUUUGGCAAUGAAAGUGAACUUGUGCCACAGCGUGCUGUUUUUGGCUGUGAAAAUAUUGAAACCGGUGAUCUUUACAGCCAACGUGCUGAUGGAAUAAUGGGUUUGGGUCGUGGUCGGCUUAGUGUGAUGGAUCAACUUGUUGACAAGGGGGUUAUUAGUGAUUCAUUCUCAUUAUGUUAUGGAGGGAUGGGUGUAGGCGGGGGUGCCAUGGUUCUUGGCAGCAUCAAAUCUCCCCCUGAUAUGGUAUUUACGCAUUCAGAUCCUUUUCGCAGUCCUUAUUAUAACAUUGAGCUGAAGGACAUACAUGUAGCUGGGAAGCCUUUGAAGUUAAACCCGAAAAUAUUUGAUGGAAAACAUGGAACGGUACUGGAUAGUGGAACUACAUAUGCAUAUCUUCCAAAGGAUGCUUUUCAUGCGUUUAAGGAUGCUGUUAAAAGGAAAGUCAAUUUCCUUAAACAAAUCCAUGGUCCUGACCCAAAUUAUCAAGAUAUUUGCUUUUCAGGUGCUGGAAGGGAUGUCACCCAACUAUCAAAGGUUUUUCCACAGGUUGAUAUGGUUUUCACCAAGGGACAAAAAUUCUCACUGUCUCCAGAGAACUACCUGUUCCCGCAUACAAAGGUCAGCGGGGCUUAUUGCCUGGGAAUUUUUGAAAAUGGGGAUUCAACUACUCUUUUAGGAGGAAUUGUUACACGUAAUACCCUUGUGACUUAUGAUCGAGCAAACGACAAGAUUGGCUUUUGGAAAACCAAUUGUUCUGAACUAUGGAAAAGAUUGAAUUAUAGUAAUGCUCCGCCUCCAGCACCUUCAGCAUUUGAUGGCAGAAAUACAAGUGUAGAAAUUUCUCCUAGCAUUGCUCCGAGUGGAUUGCCUGAUACAGUUAUUCCAGGUGUACUUCAAGUAGGGCUAAUAAGUUUUGAUAUGAUGCUCAGCAUCAACAACACUAUCAAACCCAAUUUCACAGAACUCGCAGAGUCUAUUGCUCAUGGGCUGGAACUUAAUAUUUCACAGGUUCGCUUAAUGAACUACACCCAUACAGGAAAUAACUUCGUCAUUAGGUGGGCGAUCGUCCCUGCUGAAUCUGCAAAUUGCUUUUCUAAUACCAAAGCAACGGGCAUUAUUCGGCAGUUAAAGGAACAUCAAAUGCAUAUUCCUCAGAAAUUUGGAAGUUAUCAGCUGGUCAAAUUGAAGGUUGAGCCUCAAAUGAAGCGGUCAUGGUGGAAGCAACACUAUUGGGCGGUGGCAGUUGCAGUUAUAGUUACCUCCGUUCUUGGAUUAUUAGCAUUAGGGACGUGGUUGGUUUGGAAAUAUAGAUUGCAAGACAUCGUUUCGUAUGAGCCCAUUGCUGCCAGGGCCAUUGUUCCUGAGCAAGAGCUUCAACCGCUUUAA